UCUGUGUACUAAUUACUAAACCAUUUAAAUUACUCUCAUUAUUUAUUACCCAAAAUUACCAUUUAUCUAUUCCAGGUAUUCCUAUCCAUAAUACGGGUUUUCCUAAUGGAUUUUUUCUAUGGAAUAAUAGGCUACAAGGUCUUACAAAAUCUCCAAGUCCCUGAAUGUUUAUCAACUUUUAAAAAUUACCUAAUUAUAAAGUGUACUGAUAAUUUUUUAAAAUUAACAUUAAUGUAUUUUACUAUAUUUAUCAAACAAAAAUAUCAGAUAAUGCCCCAAUGUUUCAUGGGCAUGAAUACAUAAAAAAAAAAAAAAAAAAAAAAGCAUUUAACAAUAGCGUGACAAUAGAAAAGAUAAGAACAAUAAAUGUGAGACUAAGAUGAUUAUAAAAGUAUCCAAAUAAUUAUAAAUACUUGAGCAAAUAGAAAUAAUCUUAAGCUUUAAAUAAUUGAUAGACAUUUUUUAAUGACAUAAAUACUUAAUUUUAGUAGUGAAGCUGAAGCGGUCGCGGAAAGAUUCAAAAUGCAGAACUAAGUGUUUAAAAAAUUAUAAAAUUUAUCUAUUGUAUUUAAUUUACCAAAAAAAUUAAAGUUAACAAAUGAAAGCCGGCAACUCUGCGUUUUACUUUAAGCCAAAAUAAUUAAUUUUCUGUAGAUCUGAUUGACUUUGACGUUUAUUUAUAAAUUAGGCUAAAACAAGAAGACAUUGUUGUAAAUAUAUUUGAAGUGCUUUUAAUUACGCAAGAUGUCAAGCAAGUUGUGGAAAGCUCUCACGAGGAAAAGAAUAGACAGAGAUUUAGAGGGCAAAGGCAAAUUGGCCAGAGUACUUGGUCUCUUUGAUCUCACGGCUCUGGGAGUCGGCGCGACGUUGGGCCUCGGGGUCUACGUUCUUGCCGGAAGUGUCGCCAAAGGAACCGCUGGUCCUGCGGUGUGCAUUUCCUUCCUGAUUGCUGCGAUUGCGUCAGCUUUGUCAGGAAUGUGCUACGCUGAGUUCGCUUCCCGCGUGCCCAAGGCGGGAUCUGCUUACGUUUACAGCUACGUCACUAUUGGAGAAUUUGUCGCUUUUGUCAUCGGCUGGAAUCUCAUACUCGAGUAUGUAAUUGCGACGGCGAGUGUUGCUAGGGGGCUCAGUAAUUACGUUGACUCCUUGAUUGAGAAUAAGAUGAGAAAUUAUUUUCACUCGGUCAUGCCAAUAAAUGUAUCAUUCCUGUCGGAGUAUCCAGAUUUCUUCGCCUUUACGGUCGUUCUGCUUCUUUCUCUUCUUCUUUGCAUCGGCGCCCAGGAGUCAUCGUACCUCAACAUGGGAUUUACGGCAGUAAAUUUGACGACUGUUUUAAUUGUCAUUGUCGCAGGAUCUAUCAAAGCUGAUCCGGCAAAUUGGAACAUCGACCCGGCGAAAAUUCCUCCAGAGUUCAAAAAUGCUGGGACCGGUGGAUUUAUGCCUUUUGGAAUAAGCGGAGUUAUGAUCGGAGCAGCGAAAUGUUUCUAUGGAUUCGUCGGGUUCGACGCGGUCGCCGCCACAGGAGAAGAAGCUAAAAAUCCACAAAAAACAAUUCCGCUUGCGAUAGUAAUUUCUCUUGCUGUCAUCUUCGCGGCCUACUUCUCUAUCUCUACAGUUCUUACGAUGAUGUGGCCUUACUAUGACCAAGAUUCAGAAGCGCCACUUCCUUAUGUCUUCCAGCAAAUUGGCUGGCCGUCAAUUAAGUGGAUCGUUAAUCUCGGCGCUGUUUCUGCUCUCUGUACUAAUCUUCUAGGUUCAAUGUUCCCACUUCCUCGGAUUCUCUAUGCCAUGGGAAGUGACGGAGUGAUGUUCAAAUUUCUUGCCCAAGUUCACGACAAAACACGCACUCCAAUUUUCGGAACUCUAGUUUCUGGAAUAUUUAUAGGUCUGAUGACUCUCAUGUUCAAUCUCGAGCAGCUGAUCGACAUGAUGUCCAUUGGAACCCUGCUGGCGUACACCAUAGUCGCCAUUUCUGUCCUAGUUCUCAGGUAUCAGAAGGCAAAUCAAGGAGUUAAAAUAUCCAUGAACACGAUACCGGAAGAGCGGCCAUCGCCUCUAGAUUAUUGUAGACAGAUUUUCAAUGUCGACAAUCAAACAGUUCCCAGCGACUUCUCCAGCGAAAUUUCCAGCUGGGGCAUAGUUAUUUUCGCAUCAGCGGCAUUUAUAUUUGGUUUGAUUUUCAAUUGUGUGCACUUUGAUGAUAGUGCUAUUAAUGUCUUCCUUUACGUUAUUUUAAUACUGAUAGGCAUUAUUCUUAUUGUUACCGUAUUCGCCAUUAGUAGACAACCCAUUGAUCCAAUAAAACUCGCUUUUAAGGUCCCAUUAGUCCCUUUCUCUCCCUGCCUCAGUAUAUUUAUAAAUCUAUUUUUAAUGCUUCAAUUAGAUGUUUUUACAUGGAUCAGAUUCGCUGUAUGGAUGGUUAUAGGUUUUUGUAUCUACUUUUUCUACGGAAUGAAAAAUAGUCUGCAAGGCCAAAAAAAUAUCUCACGACUUCUAGACACACCACUGCAAUAAAAUAGUUAUAAUUAUUUUUGUAUUUUUAAAUGACUUGUUAAUUUUAAAUAUCGACGCCAUUAAAUAAGGAUUUUUUGAUUUA